UCACAUUUUAUUUCUGUGAUUAUUUUCCCCCCUGCUUAUACUUUGAAGCAUUCCGUGCUUCCGGACAUAGUGGCUUACAAAGCUUUUGGGGACCGUGGCCUCCGAAGGCGUCCGGUCGCCUGACCUUAGGUUUACCCGUGGUUAAGGAUAAGACAGUGUCUUGGUGACAACAGGGUCUUUGACGAACCCUAGGAACUGAAGUUGGGGAGGAGGAAGAGGCCUGCAGCAGAAGCGGGCUGCCCCUGAAUUUCUGCCCUGUCGGACGCCGGGGGCGCGGGCGGGCAGCCCCACAGGCCAUUAGCAUGCAGGAGUCGCGCGCGCCGUCCUUGAAGGGCUGCCCGGCUGACCUUGCUCCGCUUUCUCCCGAGCAGUCUCCAGGAGCGUGCGAGGACGCGUUCACGGCGGUGACUCAGUGCCCUGCGCGCCGCAUGCAAAUGAUCCUCUCCAGCAAGCCCAGCUCCGCAGCCUCGGCUUCCCCAUUCUGCCCUCUUUUUAAUUCUACGAUUCCAACUCGGCGUUUUCCGCUCCAUCCCCUCCCCCUCUUCACGGCCCGCCUGUCAUUAGUCUGACUCCAGGAGUGUUUUAUUUUCCAUUCCCAUCCCCAGAACUGAAGGCCAACCUUUGCGCUUCCUCGCUUAGGGCCGAGGGAUCAGACGUGGCCAUCCUAGUUGAGCCCCAAGCUCUGGGCGACCGCGAUCUGAGCCCAGCCGGAGGGGGCGGUAAACCGCGCGCUGGAGCGCACGGGCGGACUGUGCCCAGCCGGAUCCCCAUUGGCCAUCACCUCAGCGGGAGGGGCCGCCCCCGGCUUGGGGCACCUGCCGUCGCCCCUCCGUGGGGGAAAUCAGCAGCUGCCGGGCACCCACUCCCGGAGGUAAAAGACAGCGGAGGGAAGGCCUGGGGCUGCGGUCGAGCUUCUCGCGGGCGGCCCUGUCCUGUUGCCGCUGCGGCGCCGGAGACAUUCAGAUGCCCCCUGCUCGGGCUGCUCCAGCCGGAAACUUUGCCCUGCGAAGUCCUCCGCCCGCCGGACCACGCUGUGAGACGCCGGUUCGGCCGCGCGCCGCCGGGGUCUCAGAACCCAGAGCGUGAUUGCCGGGCCUCCCCGCACCCCGCGCCCGCGGCGCCCCGCGACCAGGAUGCGCUACGCAGACCCCUCCGCCAACCGGGAUUUGUUGGGAAACCGAACUUUGCUCUUCAUCUUCAUCUGCGCCUUCGCCUUGGUGACCUUGCUGCAGCAGAUCCUGUAUGGCAGGAACUACAUCAAGAGAGGCCUCCAGUUUGGUUGGCAGAGUGGUGACCAGCUGGCCAAUUGGACGGGGCUCUUUAAUGUCACCGACAACCCAGCAGUGCAGAGCAGCAGUGACUCCAGUUCCAGGAGCCACAGAAGGAACCAGUCCAAACGACCAGUCUGGAAGACUCCAAACAGGACCACAAAGAAAAUCCAGACUGUGCUCAAAAAGGCCCUGAUCAGAUCUUCUCACUGGAUACAUGCUGGGGAGGUCCAGGCGGAACUGGAAAGUGUGUACUUUGAAUUUUACGAGGGGCCUUUUGAAUAUAACUCCACAAGAUGCCUGGAGCUGAGGCACGAGAUACUGGAAGUGAAGGUGCUCUCCAUGGUGAAGCAGUCGGAGCUGUUCGACAGGUGGAAGAGCCUCCAGAUGUGCAAAUGGGCCAUGAACAUCUCCGAAGCCAACCAGUUCAAGUCCACUCUGUCCAGGUGCUGCAAUGCCCCAGCCUUCCUCUUCACCACCCAGAAGAACACGCCACUGGGCACGAAGCUCAAGUACGAGGUGGACACCAGCGGCAUCUACCACAUCAACCAGGAGAUCUUCCGCAUGUUUCCCAAGGAUAUGCCCUACUACCGGUCCCAGUUUAAGAAGUGUGCGGUGGUGGGCAACGGAGGCAUCCUCAAGAACAGCCGCUGCGGGAGGGAGAUCAACAGUGCUGACUUUGUCUUCCGGUGCAACUUACCCCCCAUCUCAGAGAAGUAUACCGUGGAUGUGGGGGUGAAGACGGACGUCGUCACGGUGAACCCCAGCAUCAUCACGGAAAGGUUCCACAAGCUGGAAAAGUGGCGGCGGCCCUUCUACCGCGUGCUGCAGGUGUACGAGAACGCGUCGGUGCUACUGCCCGCCUUCUACAACACGCGCAAUACCGACGUGUCCAUCCGCGUCAAGUACGUGCUGGAUGACUUCGAGUCGCCGCAGGCCGUCUACUACUUCCACCCGCAGUACCUGGUCAACGUGUCGCGCUAUUGGCUCAGCCUGGGGGUGCGCGCCAAGCGCAUCAGCACCGGCCUCAUUCUGGCCACCGCAGCGCUUGAGCUGUGCGAGGAAGUGCACCUGUUCGGCUUCUGGGCCUUCCCCAUGAACCCUUCGGGCCUCUACAUCACGCACCACUACUACGACAACGUCAAGCCGCGCCCCGGCUUCCACGCCAUGCCCUCCGAAAUCUUCAACUUCUUGCACCUGCACAGCCGCGGCAUCCUCCGCGUGCACACGGGCACCUGCGGCUGCUGCUGAUGUGGCCACGUCGGGCUGCCCGCCCACAACCGAACCACCUCUCCUCCUCUCUCUUCUGGCGGGACUGGGGGCGCUUGGCCUGGCAGUGCAGGGACCUGGUGAGCAGGCUGUCGCUCCCUCAAGUAAUUGAGCUUUGUGCUUGGAUCCUGGGGCGGGAAGACAGGGCUGGGGCGCUCUGCAGGGUGCUUUCUGCUGGGCACAGCCCCAAAUCAGGGGCCUCGGGAUUGCAAAGGAAUAAAGCACAUUUCCCCUCAAUUUUAGCUUGUGAGAGAGCACAGACUGAAGUGGUCUUGUGGCUGAAGGAUGACCCUAAGGACCAGAGGGAGGAAACAGGACAUCUGAGCACAGUCAAGAUUUCAUUCAGGCCUUUGGACUCUUGACUUUUAUACCAAGGACUAGCCAUGGAUUACCAUCUCAGAGCUUAGAGGCCAACCAGUGGCCAGAUCUUCCAGUGAAGAAAGAGCCAUUCAGAGCUCUUGGGGUGAGCACCCCAGCUGCACCCAGCGGAGACCUGGAUUAUUAUCUUCCCUGAGAGCCAGUGGCCAAAGACAGCCACACCUUUCCAAACACACCUUGGGACACACACAGUCUUGGUGCCCCUAGGUUCCAUCCUGCAUUUGACCUCUUGAUGAGAAGGAAAUAAAACAGGCCAGCCAUUUGCA